AUGCUAUUAAAACACUCCAUCCUUUCCCUCCUCUGUGCUCUGGAGGUAGCCUGGGCCUCGGAUCCCUCCGCAUGUUUCUCACCCGACGCCAAAGGAAAAGCCGGCUAUCAAGCAUGCUGUGCCAACCAGAGUAACGGCAAAGGCACUGUAGGCGGGGUUGUGUUCGAGUAUACCUGCCAAACAUUCCUCAAGAAAGGCAGUGAUUAUGGCACAACCCACAGGGGAGUCUCCAGCGCGAGGGAAUGUGCCCAGCUAUGUGCCGGCGACUCAAGCUGCGAAGCCAGCUCGUGGGGCAGCGGCAUAUCGCACUGCUUCCUGCUCUCGAGCAAAGGGUAUACCCGGUUUACCCCCAACCCCGGGUUCCUCAUUCUCGAGAAGACGCCCGAGGAGCCGGAGAAGCCGGAUCGUGCAAAGGACUGCAAGGAUCUGGUUGAUGCAGGGAAGAAAGAGGGCGAGGCGCAGUGUGCCUCGGAGAAGGAUGAGCUCCGAAAGGAGGGAGAAGAGGCUCUGCGUGAGUGCCAGAAGCAGAAGGAAGCCGCCAUUGCAGAAUCCAAGACGCAGUGUGAGAAGGAGAAGGAUGAGCUGCGCAAACAGGCCGAGGGAGCCGCGCAGAAAGAGCGCGAGCAAUGCGAGAAGGACAAAUCUCAACUGCGCCAGGAACGCGACGACGCGUUGCAAAAGUGCAAGUCGGACUGUGAGGCGGAGAAGGAACAGCUCCGCCAGCAAGGCGCCGAUGGAGCAAAGCAAUGCGAGAGCGACAAGGCGGGACUGCAGCAGCAGCUCAAGACCUGCCAGGACAACCAGCAGCCGACGAAGCCUACCGACACGGCCGCAGCCCAGGACCCCAAGUGCCGGGACAACAGCUGGCAGAACAUGUGCGGUGGUGUGUGCCAGGAGGAUACCUUCACCCUCGCUGGAGUCGUGUUCAAAAAGAGAUGCUUCGUGCGCACUGUCAUGGGACAGGAAGUACAGGUCUACCACCGCUCGUCGCUUCUCGAGUGCCUGGAGAAGGACUGUGCUCCCAACCCCAACUGUCUGGGUGUGGGAUGGAGGCCAUGGGAGGUCGGACAUUGCCAUGUUCAUAUGAGCAUCGGCCAUGGUCUUCGCACCGCGUACAAUCCACACGAGCAUUUGAUCUACGCAAAGGAUCGAGUUACGCCGCUGUGA